AGUAUUGGCACUUUAUCACUCUUACCACCCUGUAUGUAUGUUAUAAAGAAUCGGAGUCCAUUUUUGAUGUCUGCUGACAACUUUCCAACCACAUCAUUUCCCUUCUUCUCUGCCCCACAUCCAGACCAGCUGAUAAGAAGCCUGAGGGCUCCCUCCUUUGGUACCAGCAGGAAAUUCAAAUCGUGAAAGCUUCAGCAUAGAUAAGGGGACACUCACUCCAUCCCUACACUAACCAUCAUGAAAAGCCAAGCCAGUCACCCCUUCCUGUGCUCUCAAGCCUUUGGAUCUGCUUGGAAGUUUGCCCUGCUCUACCUUAGCAUCCUCAUUCUGAAAUACCAGUCUUUCUGCAACAUAGCCUAAUGUAUCCUCAGAAUUCAACUCAAGACUCUUCAAACAACAAUAGAGUGUGGAAUCAUCUCUCCAAUAAGGACUACAAGUUCAAAUGAAAGGAAGGCAGUGUUGAGACUGAUCAGAGCCUUGUGAAAAUGAGACUGCUGUUCUUUUAUGGAUCUAUUAAGCAGCUGAGUGUUCUGUAGUUCUACUGAGGACCAUUUCUGGCUCCCUGGUUAAUUUGCUCGGUGACCACAAGAAUUGUUUCACUUCCUGUGUUUCAGUCUCAAUACCACUAGAGAUGUAACAAAAGUGUUUGCUAACAGCUUCUGUAGUGAAGCUACCCGAAGAACACGCCCAGCUCAGCCUCAACACUCCCUCAUCGCGAAUGAACUACAUGAGCUUAAAACACAAAUAGAAUCUGUCUCUGCAGAAACUAAAGAAACCGAAAGGCGAAUUUAUCAGCAAGACGCUGCCAUACAGAAUACCAAGCUUCAGUGUGGAAAUCUGGAAAACCAAAUCAAAUCCUUACAUUCAGAAAAUGUGAGGCUUAAAUUUGACAUAGAAGCAGCCCAAGAGGAUUUUGAGGAACACAUGAUAAGAUACAAUGAAUACUAUGGAAAAAUGAAAACGCAUAAAGACAGUUUGAGGGAGGUAGAAAGCAAAUGGUCAUUCAUGACUGAACUCGAUGAGAAACGAGAGCUCGUUAAAAAACUAAAGAUAAUGAAAGAGGAACUUAGGCAGGAUCUCCAAAAUCCAAAAGGAAACCUUAUGAAACAACUACAGGAAGACAUUGCAAAGCUAAAGGAUAAAAUUAUAACUGUAAAAGAAUCCAUCAUUGAAAAAACUUGUUUUCUUGAGGAAGAAAAAAAGACACAUGAAAAGUUAAGAAAAGAAAUAGAGGUACAACAUAAGAGAUACGGUGCAAUUCUUAAGCGUUUGCACUGUCAAGUAAACAAGCUUCAGUCAAAUAGAAGACAAUGGCAAUGGAACAUUCAACAACUGGAAAAAACUGCAGCUGAACUGAGAAAAUGCAUUGAAAUGAAAGAUUAAUAUGUCCAUAGGGUGAUGAAAAGCACGGACUGUGUUACAAAAAUUGUGGGACAGAAAGGUGAGAAAAUCCUAUAAUUCUUAACAACCAGCAUCCACUAUCAGAAAUCUGUCUUACUGACAGAUACAUUUUCUCUCUCUCUUUUUUUUUGAAUCAGUUAUCUGUUUGUUAAAGUGCCUUCCAACCCUAUAAUUGAUAGCUGUGGGUAGACGGUAGGAAUGCUCAUAAAAGGAUAGUGGAAGACUGUAUGAAUACUUUGAAUGGAUAAGAUAUACUGUACUCAUGAAUGCCUGUUGAUAAACCUGUUGCCUUCACUAUCAUAUGAAGCAACAAUUUAGAAGGAAAGAAACACUGAAAUUUACAAUGAUUUACAUUCUUAAGAUAUUUUAAAUGGUUGUCUGUUUCAAACUUUUUGUGAGAACCGACUUUUUGAAACCACUGGCUUCAAAACAGGCCAUGAAUAUUGACAUUUAUAAUAAUGUUAGAUGUUCAAGGCUGCACAUAUUUUACUCAGUUUUCUCUUUAUCCAGAAAGUAGCCAUCAUUCCUACUUUCUUGUUAGACAGCAUAUUUUACAGUGUUGCAGUGUAUACAAUUUUUGUUCACUUUUCUGUCUAUAAGUUCUUUGUUACUAUUCUAUAAGUAAAUUGAAGUUAUAGCAUCAUAUAAGGCAAACUUAUCAGCUCUUAAAAGAAGAAUGUUAACCAGUAUAGACUACCAUGUAUUUUUUUCUCAUUGGAAGUCGUAUACUGUGUCCACAGCAGCAAAUCAAAACUUAACUUGUCUCUUAUAGAAUAAAAGUGGUCCUUCUUGUGGC